UCUGUGUUGAGUUCUGGAUCCCAUUGCUUUCCAACUCAGUUUUUUUUUAUAAAGCGUGUAUUUUUUUCUAAUACUGCGCUGAGUGUAAACCCCGGGCUAGUUCCAACUGGACCACCAUUUCAUUAGCUAGCAUGUAGCUUUUUGUCAGUGUCCAUGGAUCUGAUAGGGACUUGUUGCCAUCGCUAACGUCAUUUGCCCAUUAAUAUUGGAACUGUGCUGAAACUCUUCGCUGAAAUGGAUAUUUUAGGGGACGAUGAAUCACAUGAGCUGAAAUACAAACCUGGAGGCCGUUUGGAUAUGAGCCACGGCUUCCUGCACCAUAUCCGGAGGAACCAGAUUGCUAGGGAUGAUUACGAUAAGGAGGUGAAACAGGCCAAAGAGCUUCAACGGCGGCGGCACACAACGAUCCCACGGCGACCCCGGCGGCCCGACAUCCAAGUGUACCAUCCCAGACGCAGACAUGGAUCAGAGCCGGGCGUGGGUGCAGAGGCCGAAGAGUGGAACGAGAGCGGGUCAAGCACGGAAACAGAGACUCAUGGGACCGAACUGUUCUGGCUGGACUAUCAGGCCGACUCUGGCUCCAUCACCUCCGUCCUUGUACACAAGGAGGAUAAGCCUGAGAAGGUGGUGGAACGCGUAGCAGAAAAGAACAUCCUGGAUUCAGCCAUGAAGGCAGCUCUAGAAACUCGAAUUAAAAAGGAAAUAGACAAAAGACGAGACAAACGCUGAGGGAAUUCCUGAACGCCAGAUGCUGGCAGAGGGACUACUAGCUAAUAGGAGCAACACUUCAUUAACUUUCAACACUCCUAUGAACCAUGAUCACGGACAUCAGUGUUUAGGGAGGAUCCUGGGAUCAUGAACAGCGACUGUCAGAGGAGGAAUUUCAAUUUAAAGACUCAAACAUGACGCUGUCUUUAGAGAAGAAGCUAAGGUUGUCCAAAUGUUGGAUACUAUGAUACCACGUUUUAGAACGAUACAAUCCCAGUUAUUGUAAUCACUGGUGGUAUCAAAAAUGCCAAAAUUACAGUUUCAUUAGAUAGGGGCAUAGAAGAGGGAUGAAACUGGCAAAAGAUGCAGGCAAACUGAAUUUCACUUAACAGUGGCAGUGUUUCAGUACUGUGAUGUACUGUGAUUGCAUGGAUGAGUUUGCCUGUUCAAAUACCCAAUUUUGGGUGUCAGUGACUUCUCUAUGAGUUUUUUGUGGUAUCAGAGCAGUUAUGGAUAUCAUUUGAUUUUUACUGGUAUCAGAUCAAAGUUUAAUGUCGUAUCGUGACAACCCUAGAAGCAGCACUGACCACAGACAGCAUGGUAGGGAGCUGAGUCACAGUUAAAGAUUAAUCACACUUUAUCCACAUUUCAGACUGUUACCUCAUUCUCUGAGUCAUAAGGGACACAUUGUACAUCUUCAAGUUACUGGACCUACAGAAUUCAUUUGCUGCUUUCCAACAGUUAAAUUCAGAGAUGGAGACGGUUCUGUAGUACAGAAGCCCUGAGUAGAUAUUUACUAAGGCUUUGCUCGUUUGACAGUGAGUCAUUUCUGUGUUUUUGUUAUCCACACUUUGACUACACAAGUCUCAGAUCAUAGCUGAUGUUUAAAACAUUGGAGAUCUCAGACAAAAGGAAAGUUUCAACCAAUUUUCAUCAUCAUAGUCCUCCAAACACACCAACUUGAUGACUUGGUCAGGCUUAACACCUGCCGUUUGUAGAAAAAAAUCAUGGUGGGGAGUCCACAACAGUAAGUGUAGUAAAAAAAAAUGUAUGGUUGCAUGUCCUCUUUGGGCUCUGAUACUCUUUGACAGAGUAAAACAGAUAACCUUCCUUCAUUUUGUGAACCGGUCCUACAAUUCUGAAAGCCCAUUUCUGCCACUUCACAAUGGAAAAAUUAUGAAGGUUAGAUAAAAAAAAAUAAUAUUAAAAUCUUGAGCCCCAGUAAAAAAUAAAAAGCCAAAGUCAAAAGAUGGAAAGUCAAAAUUAUGAGAUAAAGUCAGAAUUAUUCAAUUUAAAAGUUCUCAUUUUAGUUUAAAGACGUAAUCAUGAGAUUAAAAGUUAUCAUUAGAUUAAAAUAAUUAAUUGUGAGGAAAAAAAAGUAACGAUUAACUUAAAAAGUCUUAAUUCUGAGAUUUAAUAAAUCAUGAUUAUGGGCUAGAAAGUCAGUUAUUAGAAAAGAGUGAUACAAAAAUCGAAAUUAUGAAGAACAAGUCAUGAGAUAAAAAGCCAGAGUUAUGAGAUUAAAGAGUCAGAUAUGAAAUUUUAAAAAAUCAGUUUGAGCUAAAGAACAUCAUAAUUCUGAGAUAGAAAGUCGAGAGUUGAGCUUUAGUAAAUCAUAAUCUUAAGAUACAGUCAAAAUCAUGAGAUUAGAAGUCAGAUUAAUGAGAUAUAAAGUUGAAAUUAUGAGAUAAUAAAUCAGUUACAACAUUUAUCUCAUGAUUUUUGGCUUUCUAUUUCAUUAUUUUUACUUUUGACCGAAUGACAUAAUAUGACUUUUUGUCAUGAUUCAGAUUUUUUAUCUCACGAUUUUGCUUAAAAAAAAAAUAUAUAUAUAUAUAUAUAUAUAUAUAUUUAACAAAAUCUGGAUGUAAUUUUUAUUUUCUGUUUAAGUGGCAGAAAAAGGCGUCCAUAUACAUUUCUUUUGUUUACAGUUUUUAUGGGGGAGAAAAAGUGACUGUUGAUAAAAUCAGCUGUGAACUGAACGAUGAUGACAAAAUGUGAAAAGCCUGUUUUGUUUCUUUUUGAUGGUGAAAGUUUAGUUGAUGUGGCCAUGAUAAUGUUUUGUUGUCUUUUUCAUUGUUUUCAAUAUUAUUUAUUUUGUAUAUACUUCUAUUUUUGAUACUGUAAUAUUUUUGAGGUCAGAACUCUUUACAUAUAAAAACAUCAACAGAAAGACGUCUGUUUCCUGUUUUCAUGGGAAGUUGUGAGUUUGAACUGCCAUGAUGGGAAUUUUACCUCCAUCUUUUCUCUGAUAUAAGAAUUGUAAAACACUUUAAUCUUGACCUAUACAUGUGACUGGUGAUAGCAAACUACAACACCAUAUCAAAAAAAGUUGGGACAUCAUGUAUAUUUCAUUAAAAAUGUGAUUUUCAAAACAUUUAAACCUUUUACCAUCCGUAAAUAGCACAAAGAUGACAUAUUCUAUAUGCUGAAAUGGAAAAAUAACAUGGUUCGGUAAAAACCUGCCUAUUUUGAAUCUGAUGCCUGUAAUAUAUUUUUUAAAAGUUUGGACAAAGCCAUGCUACCACACUGUAGUGUCACUGUAUCUUCAAACAGCGCACAUUAAGUGUGAUCUGGGUCCAUAAUUAAGAGAAAGCUAAAAAUGGGCAAAUAAGAGAAUCUAAAGGCACCAUUCCCCAGCCAAAACAAAAAAAAAAAAGGACAUUCUGGACUCAUGACUUCCAAUUUUUUUUUUCCUUUAGACAUCAGGCAUUUUCUAGUAUUUGGCAUAUGGGGAAAUUAUGAUUUUUCUCUCGUGUUCUGUAGUGGAACUGUUUAAAGAACAAUGCAUAAAAAUCAAAACUGUUGCUUAUUAUUUACAGAUUGAAGGCUGUGAUAAUACCCCUCAAGGAAAUCAAAUUUGCAUCCAGCAUAUGAAUAAUAUUUCAUUUUUGUGUCCCUUUUACAUAACAAACAUCUUUCUUUUGCACUUAA